UUAUGAUAAUACGUAAGCGUACUUGUGUGCUAAUCAGUUCGUUACUGAGUUUCGAACGGUGUGGUCGUGUGUGUGAUUAAAAUGUGGAAAAGUGUGGUCAACUCUACAAGACUUCGUGGUAUUGCUAAUAAAAGAUGGAGCCACCAACUUAAAGUGGGCGCUGGACAAAGUUAUCUACACAACCCGGGAUCUGAACCCCUCGUGUACGAUACACUAGGCGAGGUUCUAGAACAAACAGUCAACAAAUACCCGGACAGGAUCGCCAUCAGAUCACUUCAUGAAGAUAUUACCAUCACAUACGCUGAGUUAUUAAAACAGGCGGACUCGCUAGGCUGUGCACUCCGAGCUCAAGGUCUGCAGAAGGGCGACACUGUAGGGGUAUGGUCACACAACAGCGCAUCCUGGAUCGUCUCUAUAGUCGCCGCAGCCAGAGCCGGCCUUAUUUCAGUAUUAAUAAAUCCAGUAUACGAAAAGAAUGAACUAAGUUUCUGUAUAAAGAAGACAGGAAUGAAGAGUUUAAUCAUAGGAGGCGCGUUACCAAGGAGAAAUUACUACGACAGCUUAUCACAACUGAUACCAGAGCUACAAAAUAAUUCCCCGGGCUCAUGGAAGUCCAGUCAGUUUCCAACUUUGAACUCUAUUAUUAAUACUGGAAAGGAUAAAUUAGCGGGCACCAUACAGUAUGAUUCGUUGGUGACGGGCUCAGGCAGCCAGAUCUCCCAAUAUGGAGGCGAGGUGAAAUCAAGUGACGGCAGUAUCAUACACUUCACAUCGGGCACCACUGGCGAUCCAAAGGCAGCUCUAGACUCUCAUAUGGGCGUUGUGAACAACACGUAUUUUGUAGGCAAGCGAAACACAUUAGAUGAAGCACACCACACUAUUUGUGUACAGGUGCCAUUGUUCCACGCACUCGGAUCUAUAGUGACAAUCCUAGGCGGUUUGAGGCACGGCAGUUCACUAGUAUUGGCUGGUCCCAUCUACAAUGUAGAUGACAAUAUCAAUGCUUUGUUUGCUGAAAAGUGUUCUGUGAUAUUUGGUACUCCGACGAUGUUUGUGGACAUGCUGGCAAAGAUCAGGACGAUGGGAGAUGUCCCAUCCAAGUUGCGACUGGCUCUGGCAGCUGGAGCACCCUGCAGUCCACAACUCAUUAGAGAUAUGCAGAAGUAUCUUAAGACUGAAACUGUGAAGGGUCUGUACGGCAUGACGGAGACCACAGCAUGUGUGUUCCAGAGUGUUCCGGGCGACAGCAUCGACGUGGUGGCUGAGACUGUCGGCUACAUUCAAGACCAUGUGGAAGUUAAGGUUGUUGACGAAAAAGGUGAUAUGGUGCCAUUCGGUAGUCCAGGAGAACUGGUAGUGCGUGGGUAUAACAUCAUGAUCGGUUACUGGGACGACCCGGUGAAGACUAGGCAGGCGCUCAGCGAAGACGGCUGGCUAAAAACCGGGGACAAAUUCACAAUAAGCGAAGAUGGAUAUGGCCGCAUUGUGGGCCGACUGAAAGACAUUAUCGUUCGGGGUGGAGAGAAUAUCGCACCUAAAGAGAUUGAAGAUUUGCUGAUCACACACCCUGAUAUUGAGGACUGUCAGGUAAUAGGCAUCCCAGAUGAGAGGCUUGGUGAGGAGUUAUGUGCAGUUCUGCGGGUCAAAGAAGGUGCUUCAGUGACGAUGGAUGAGGUCAGGCGCCACUGCGACGGUCGCCUCGCCCGGUUCAAAAUACCCAGGGUCCUGAAAACGAUCGAAGAGUUCCCGAAGACAGCUUCGGGAAAAAUUCAAAAGUAUCGUCUAAAAGAAAUGAUUGAAUCUGGAAAACUGUAGUUGUUUUAAUAAAAUCUUUAUUUAUGU